AUGGAGGGCGAGAAAGUUCUAGUUGGCGAGAAGCCAACCAAACUCACUUUCGCCGCCAACCCUGAGAAGGACGAUAAGUGGAAGGAGAUCAUCGCGGAUAUUAAACCAUUCAUCCGAUGCAACACGGGUCACUACCACUACACCACCGACCCACGAACUGCCCGACGAGUCAAGUACACCACGUUGCAAGCCGAGUUAGCAAAAGACGCUCAGCUCUCCGCCGUUGGCCCGGCUCAUCGCCGCCAAAAGGGUUCAUCAGGCCCAUCCUUACUUGAUAUGCCGGUUGAAAUUUUCGAAAAGAUCCUAUUGAUGAGCAUGGACCCACACGACUUAAAGGCUUCGAUCUACACGAAAGAAGAAGGACCAAAAUUUUCGAACCCACUACUCAUGGUAUUCGCCUACCCACGCGCGUGGAAAGCAAUCAACCUUUUCAGUGUCUGCAAGGCGUUCCGAACAAUCGCCAUCCAAAACUACGGACAACCCCUUCGACACUCGCUGCCAUUCAACCCUAAAAUGGAUAGGCUCGUGAUUGGAAACCUACUCUCAAUCAACGAGAUCCAAAACCUACUCUACGACAACGGCUGCUCAAUGUGGAUGCGAUGGAAUUUCAUAAGGUCAAAAAUCGACGAACCUUGGUUGGUAAGGGAUGGUGCCUAUUGCUACAAUAUGGCACAACAGAAAGGCGACGUCAUUGUGUCACGACAACCCAUUCCCGGAUUCUUCGACCGUAUCAAGGAAGUUUCUAUAACUUCUCUUCUUAUGGGAACUGACUCCGGCGCAAAACUCGACGACAAGGCAUGGGUGAAUAUAUUCUACGGCCUCAACAAAACCUUGCCUAAAUUAAAAACCCUCAGCCUAUCGGUUUACGAUUACGAUGACUGUGGAGCGUUUCCCCCUGACUUCAAUGUUUACAAGGCCCUGGAUGCGUGGAUGAUUGAGGGACUUUCUCGGGUUUCUACUUCUGAGGACAAACAAUUACUACCGACACGCCUUUUUCCACAGAUGGAACAUUUCGAGAUCGUCAAAAAGCGGAAAAAGUGUACGGGAUCUGUCAGGGGCUUUUAUGGUCUGAGCUUUGGCAACUGGUUAUUCUCUGGCGGCGAAAGUGAUUGGGACAUUGAGGAAUCUUAUGGUUGGAGAUAG